CCCCGAUCUUAGGGAGAGUAAGUUAGUAGUCCUUGCAGGCAGGCAGCCCCUCUUGGGAGCCUCAGGCAGAGACCGGCUAGACCUCUUUAAACAGGCCGCCGAUAAGAUCCCAUCCAGAAAUCCGGAGAAAUUGGUUCGAUCAAGGGGAAACGAAAAAGAAAAUAUAAAAAAUACAAAAAAGACCCCGCAACAACACAGUCUUUCCAAGCCAAUCUGUACGCAACCAUCCAAAUCAUCUUCUUGAUCCUCUCGAAUAUCCAGGAUAAUCACCAAUCUGCACAGUCCACCAACAACACCAUGGACACCUUCCGCCAGAUCCUGCAGACAGCCCGCCAAUCCAACUACGGACGCUACCUCGUCGAAGAAGAUGGGGUCUUCGAGUCCGUCGCCGAAGCGGUCCAGCAGCACAUGAGCCAGUACGACGCAUCGCACGACUUCCUCCACGUCCUCCGCGUCGUAGCCCUAUCCUCGAAGAUCCUUGCCGCCGAGUUCGAGGCCGAGUCCGAGCGGCACGAAUGGUACCGGCCCGACCUCAUUCUUCUGAGCGCCCUGCUCCACGACGUCAACGACAAGAAAUACGCCCCUCCCCCGUCUGCCACCGGGGAGCAGGUGUCUAAAGUCGCCGUGGUGCUUCGAAAGGCCGGCAUCUCCGAGGACGAGAUCGAGCACGUCGAGCAGGUCGUCAACCAUGUCUCGUACUCGACGGAGGUCAAGAACCCCGAGAAGGUGAUGGAGGUCCUGGAGGAUUACCCGGAUCUUGCGGUGGUGCAGGAUGCGGACCGGUUGGAUGCCUUGGGCGCGAUUGGCGUGGGCCGGAUGUUUACGUACGGGGCCGCGAAGGUGCCGGAUGCGACUAUGCAGAGGUCGCGGGAUCAUAUUGAUGAGAAGUUGGUGAAGUUGGAGGGGAUGAUGAAGACGGACGUUGGGUUGAAGAUGGCCAAGGAACGGACUGAGAGACUAGUCACUUUCAGCAAGUGGUGGGAUGAGGAGGCUGCCCUAUUCGAGCCAGAACUAUAGGUUUCAAGUUUGACGGUAUGCUGUGAAAGGUCCGGAGUAGGUUUACGACGGAUUGGAGGGGAAUCUCAUCCGUUCUUCACUAUUCGUGAGGCCAAUCAUAGCGAUGUUUUGCAAGGAAUUCGUAUUCGUAUUCCGCGUAGCAAUGCUUGUCUAGGUUUCAUGAACUUCUAAAUGGUGGAUAUCUAGGCCUGCUGAGUUUUAAAGACGAGAUGCACCAGUCGAGCUCUCCUGCUCUUGUUUCCAUCUAUCAAAAUCGAACCCGAGCUGUGCGAGAGAUUUGACCAAACCACGCUCGGCACCUUU